UAUUAAAAAAAAGGCCGGAAGAGAAAUAAGCGGUUUUGGCUUGAAUCUGAAAAUGGAAAUGUGAUUAUGCCCAUUUUAUUUCACAACUGAAAAAUAUCUCUCGGUUCUGGAAUGGCUGCGAUGCACAGUUCACUUCCUGCAAAUUCUGCGAUUGGUUCCCGCUAUUCAUCGUCUUUCACUUCAAUUCAUGCCACCGCUAGUCUCGUCUCCUUCCCCCGCCUGCCAGAGACUCGCCGGAGCAACCGGAAAAUAGCCGUCACAGCGAUGGUUCAGCAGGCAGUACAGGGAGCUCCGGCCGCCUAUGCCAAGGAGAUGGAGCGGCUCUCUGCUAAGGAAUCGUUGCUUCUCGCUUUUAAAGACUCUGGGGGUUUUGAAGCUCUAGUGACGGGGAAGACGACAGAUUUGCAGAGGAUUGAUGUGAAUGAGAGGAUAACUGGUCUUGAGCGGCUCAAUCCAACGCCUAGACCAACCACAUCGCCAUUUUUGGAAGGUCGAUGGAAUUUCGAGUGGUUUGGAUCUGGAAGCCCAGGAAUCUUUGCUGCUAGAUUUAUAUUGGAGAGAUUUCCUUCGAAUUUGGCCAAUUUAUCAAAGAUGGAUGUGCUGAUUAAGGAUUCAAAUGCAAAGAUUACUGCAAGUAUGAAACUACUGUCUUCGAUAGAAAGCAAAUUUAUUCUGUCCACCAGGUUAUCUGUGGAGGGACCUCUUAGAAUGAGAGAGGAAUAUGUUGAAGGAAUUCUUGAGACACCAAAAAUCAUUGAAGAAACCGUACCAGAACAGCUAAAAGGUGCACUGGACCAGGCUGUUAGCACCGUGCAACAGCUUCCUGUUCCCAUCAGGGAUGCUGUUUCCAGUGGGUUAAAAGUUCCCCUACCUGGUUCUUUCCAGAGGUUCUUUAUGAUUUCUUAUCUUGACGAGGAGAUAAUUAUAAUUCGGGAUACUGCUGGAGUGCCUGAAGUUCUUACAAGGUUGGAUGCCCCUACAUCUCCCAUUGAAGAAUCCAGUGCUGAGUAUGAGAGCUAGAUGUACUCAAAUUAACUGUUCAUUAC